CGCCAUGGAUGAGUCAACCUUACGCGAAGGGUCGGAAAUCAUAAUCAAAAGGACGAACGGGCAACUCCAACGGGCGAUCAUCGCCUCGAUCGACUUCGAAAUUCAAUGCGUCAACGUCGAGUGGAGCGAAAACGACGAAAUUAAAGGGAAAGAAGUCCAUUUCAAUCACGUGCUCAACCUCAAUCCCGCAGGGGUGCUGAAACCCAAACCGGACCCUAUAAGGGAAAGUUUCGUCCCGCGUUUAAGCGCAGUGAAUUUUGAAAAACGCCAGCAGGAAGAGCAUCACGGCGACGCCAAGAGACGAACUAUCUUCACAGCGAAAUCCGCUAGGUCGCAUGUUGAAGCACCCGCUAACACCACGAGAUGCACAAAGACCGCCAGACGUAAGAAUAUCCCUGAAGCGAAAACGAAGACCGAAGAAGCAACCGCCAGGAUUCCUAGCGAUUCUCGGAUAGGAUUAAGGGAGAUGAUUUGUGAUUUCAGACGCAACAUUCAGUUUAACAGCGUGUCGGAAAACGAUAUCCCAGCGGAAGACCACUUGAUAAAAGUCGUGGUUAGGAAACGACCUCUGAGCAAAAUCGAAGCGCUGAAGCAGGAAAUCGACAUCGUGACGAUCGCCGACCUAAACCGGGUGAUUGUUCACGAACCGAAAGUGAAGUUCGAUUUGAGAAAGUAUUUGGAGAACCACGUGUUUAGGUACGAUUGCGUUUUGGACGAGAAAUGCUCAAACGAAAUGGUUUACCAGCACACGGCUCAGCCAUUGGUCAAAACGGUUUUCGACGGAGGGUUUGCUACGUGUUUCGCCUACGGUCAGACUGGCUCGGGGAAAACGUUCACGAUGAGCGGUAGUGCUGAGAAAAAAGGUAUCUACGCACUGUCGGCGGCGGACGUAUUCAGACAAGUUAACUCUCCCAAAUUCCGGAACCGCAGGUUGGCAAUCUCGUGCAGUUUCUUCGAAAUCUACGGCAAGCAGGGCUUCGAUCUCUUGAACAAGCGACGCAAACUGAGGAUUCUCGAAGAUGGCCGACAGCUGGUCCAGAUCGUCGGGUUAACGGAGAAGGGGGUGACGAGGGAGAGCGACAUUCUGGAGCUCAUAGCACUCGGAGGCGAGGAAAGGUCGGCGGGACAGACGUCGAAGAAUUUCCAAUCGUCCAGGUCCCACGCCAUCUUCCAAAUAUUCCUGAGGACCAAGGACGUGCCGAUCAGACUACACGGGAAAUUCUCGCUGGUCGAUUUAGCGGGAAACGAGAGAGGGGCGGAUACGUCACUGUCGACGAAAGUCACCCGUAUCGAAGGUGCGGAAAUUAACCAAAGCCUGCUGUCGCUGAAGGAGUGCAUCAGAGCGAUGGGCCGGAAAAGUGGAUAUUUACCGUUUAGAGCGUCGAAACUGACACAAGUUCUGAGGGAUUCUUUCGUCGGGGCGAACUCCAAGACCUGCAUGAUAGCUCUGAUAUCGCCGGGGAUGGAUUGUUGCGAGAACACGCUCAACACUCUACGAUACGCCGACAGAGUGAAAGAAUUGGGCAAAGAUUACGGCGGCAGCUUCGAGAGUGACAAUCGGUUAAAUUCGCGUCAGGGUGCGUUCGGGACGUGUUCGAGGAGGUUCGCGAACGGCGACAAACGUUUGUCGCUCAACGAGGAACUGGUCGAAAUUUUGAAUAACGCUUCCCAAGACGCUUACGAUCUGUUGACGAGAUGUCACACAAGCAACUAUUCGUCCGACAUGAAAACUGUGAUAGAUUACGCGGUUUGUGCUUUGGAAAAAAUCAAGUCGGCGAUAGACGCUUGCUCGAUGGUGACGUGA